CAUUAUCACAGUUUCUUGCAAACAAUAACUCGGUACCCAGCUAAAGAUGCGUUCUCUGUUGCUGUUAUUGGCGCUAAGCGCCGGACUGACGCAAGGCUACGUCUACGGACGCUGCGAGCUCGCCAGAGUCCUCUACAGAGACUACGGCUUCCAGCGCGAUACCCUCGGCGACUGGGUUUGCCUUGUGCAAUGGGAGAGCAGCUACAACACCAGAGCCACCAACGUCAACACCAACGAAAGCAUCGACUACGGUCUCUUCAUGAUUAACGACUACUAUUGGUGCUACUCCAGUUCCCCCUACGCCGACUGCAAAGUUGAUUGCUCGGCUUUAAUCAACGACGACAUUGACGACGAUGUGUCGUGUGCCGUGCUCAUUCA